GGGAGGGGAAGGGGGUGCUGGACGGGGCUUGACGCGGGACGGUUCUGGUCGGGGAGCGCUGUGGAUUGACUUACCCCCCCACUGGCCCGGACACAACCACGCCAGUGAUUAUGGAAUGAAACGGGAGGGCAGCUGGAGAUGGGCCGGCGUUGACAACCGCUUCAACUUCCUCGACUGGCGGCUCAGUUCGGACAUGGAUGAGUUCCAUCCGUUCAUCGAGGCUCUGCUGCCACAGGUCCGCGCCUUCGCCUACACGUGGUUCAACCUCCAGGCCAGGAAGAGGAAGUACUUCAAGAAGCACGAGAAGAGGAUGACCAAAGAAGAAGAGAGGGCAGUCAAAGAAGAACUCCUCGGGGAGAAGUCAGAGGUGAAACAGAAGUGGGCCAGUCGUCUCCUGGCCAAGCUGAGGAAGGACAUCAGACCUGAAUGCAGAGAAGAUUUCGUCCUGUCCAUCACCGGCAAGAAAGCUGCAUGCUGUGUGCUGUCUAACCCGGACCAAAAAGGCAAAAUGAGACGCAUCGACUGCCUCAGACAAGCGGAUAAGGUGUGGAGGCUGGACUUGGUGAUGGUGAUCCUGUUUAAAGGAAUCCCUUUGGAAAGCACAGAUGGAGAGCGUCUGGUGAAGGGUGUCCAGUGCUCCAACCCGAUCCUUUGUGUGCAGCCAAGACAUAUCUCGGUCUCCGUCAAGGAGCUGGACCUCUACCUGGCCUACUACGUGCAUGAGAGAGAGGUGGAGAAGAGCAGCAGUCCUGGUCCAACCGGAGUAUCUUCUGAUCAGGAGGACAGUCGUACCGCCACCAUGGAUGGUCCAGAGUUCCAGGACACCUUUGUGACCUCGGGAGUUUUCAGCGUUACAGAGCUCGUUCAGGUGUCCAGAACUCCUGUUGUCUCAGGAGUCGGGCCAAGUUUCUCCAUGGGUGAGCUGCAAGGCCACCUGGCCUAUGACCUCAACCAGUCGGUCCCCACACCUGUCAGCAUGCGCCGUACGCUGGCCAGCACCUCAUCUAGCGGGAGUAAGCGCCAUAAGUCUGGCUCCAUGGAGGAUGACGUGGCCAGCCCAGGAGGUGAAUAUUACCACUCACCCUCGUCUCCUGCCAGCAGCUCCAGAAACUGGACUGACGACAUGGAAGGAGGUGUGUCUCCUCCGGUGAAGAAGGCAGAGCUGGACAGUCCUUCAGCCCAAGACGACUCUCCUAGACUGGGCUCCUUCACUCAACACCAUCGUCCCGUCAUUGCCGUGCAUAGUGGUCUGUCACGUCCUCACCCCUCACCAUCGCUUCAUUUCCCGUCCUCCUCCUACUUUCCCCAUGGAGCCAUCAGAUAUCCUCCUCACUUGGGUCAGGAUCCCCUCAAAGACCUGGUGUCGCUGGCCUGUGACCCUGCCAAUCAGAGCGCCGCCUCGCUGAAUGGCGGAAGCCAGAUGAAAGUGUCCAGCCACUACAUCUCCUCUCAUAUGUUGGCGCCAUCCCUGGGCCCGGCCCCCUCACCCCUGCCCAGGACCCUGUCUGCAGACUCCAAGACCCCCAGCACCUCCUCCGAAGGCGGCACAAACUCCCCCACCUCGCCCACGUACUCUGCCCCAGGGACGCCGCCCACUAGUCGCUCCUCCUUUGUUGGGGUCACGCCUCGAGACCCCGGUGGACUCUACCAAGCCCAGUCUUGGUAUCUGGGCAAUUGAAUGAGUUGUGUUAAACAAUACACAACGAAUGAUGUCUGCACAGUGACAUGCUACACAAAGAGUGAUUAUAUACGAGUAUGGGCCGCACCAGCAGUGAGCCACAUUGACUCUAAAUGGCUCUCAACAUGGAUCCUGUGCUUGGUCGGUGUGAGAGGCAGAGCUUCCCCAGGAUGGACGUCAAACCUUCAACCCCGCCCCCCUGCAGGUGCUGCUUAUUAUAUAUGCAAAUAAGCCUCGCUUUUCCCCCCCCCUAAUGACUCCUAAUGAGAGAAGAUCUUUUCAUCAAAAGUUUCUCUGCACUUUUUUUUUUUUUUUUUGGAAGAAAGCGAGGAGCGGAAAAUUCUCUGGCUCCUCCUAAGAGGAUGGGAAAGUUUGUGGUUUGGACUGACAAUCAUCAUCAGGCUGAAAGCGUUAGGUUGCUCUUAAAGACUUUCAUUUUUGUAACGCAAAGACAACACACACACACACUCCACCUGUGCAGGCCACGCCCACUUCUUCAACACCAUGCAUGAAAGUAUUUAAAGCGACGGCCAAAGGAAAGUGAAGAUGUCAAGGAGCUCUCUGGCGUCUUGGAUGUUUUGUUUGAGACCUCUUCUUGGAGUCUGACCUGGCAGGUGGAGAAAUCAUUUAGAAAGAGGCGGAGCUAAGAAAAGCAGAAUGCCUUUUUUUAAAAUUCAGAAAUGGUGGCUGUGUUGUUAAGACUUGUAUUUUGCACGAUAUGUCCUAAACCACAGUAUGUGCCUUGCCUUUAGUUCAACAAGAAGAGGAGUAGAUUGUGGAAAAGUAAAGAGGCUUUUCAUGGUACUGCUUCAAGAAAAGAGAAAAAAAAAAGCGGCAUGCAUGAUUGCUUGAUGCUAACUAGCCUAGCAGGUACUCACUUUUAAGUUGGCAGCAUCUUAAGGCUCAUUUAUACUUGGGAAAAUAGAUGAGUGCGUUUAAACAAUGUAAACAUCACUACUCUUACAAAGGUUGUCACCCCCAAUCCAAAUUUAAUCCAAAUACGAAGAAAAGUAAACAUGUUGACGAUGGAGGAUAGUAAUUAAUAGUCUUAUUAUGAAGAACAACAUCAGAAGAAGCAUUGAACACUUCAAGGCAUGUCCUUGGUUAGUUAUAUUCAUUGCUAGUACCAACUAGAGAAAAUGACCACAAACACCACUUUUAGUAACCUCAACACUGCCCCCAUGGUUUCCAGUGGUACUGCAAGAUUUGGCGCAUGCCCGUAAGCUUCCAGAAGACGAACGGCACUAAGUGGGCUAACACUAUCAUUGAUACUUGAUAAAACGUAUGCUCUAAGUUAAAGCCACAAUAACCUCGACCUUCAUGCGGAUUGUCCUUGGAAGAGACAGUGGGUCUGAGACGAGCGCUUGUAAUGUAUACUUCAAACAGCAGGGGGCACUGGCAAGCAAAGCAAUAGUGAGGGCAACUAGAUUCCUUUUACCAGAGGUGUGGACUCAAGUCACGUGACUUGGCCUUGAGUCAGGCUCGAGUCACAAUUUUGCUGACUUUGGACGCGACUUGACAAUAUCAUCAAAGACUUGCAACUGGACUUGGACUUUGACAUCAAUGACUCGGGACUUUAGUCUGAUGACUUGAAAAGACUUUCAGGGACUGUGUCGAGUAAAACGCGUCCCUUUUUAAAGUGUUCAACUAAAAUGCUUGUUGCUAUCCAAUUUCCCCCAACAUAACAUAACAUAACAUAAUUUCUUUUUGAAUCUGCCUCAUUGAAUGCAUCUAUUAAUGUCCAAUCAAGUUUAAGAACAAACAACUAAUGUGUGGAUUACAUUUUUGUGCACUGAUUAAAUCCUGAAUGCUUUGUCAGCAUUCUUUUUCUGUGACUAAGUCUUGCCACACUGGUCUUAUUUAAAAAAUAAAACAAUUCAAAAUGCAUUCAUUAUAUUUGUCAAAUUUAUUAGAUUGUUACAUUGUAAAAUGGCAUUUUAUUGGUAGACACUAAACAGUGAACACUAAACUUAUGACUUGUAAGGACACGAAAAUUUUAAGCCUGUGACUUAGGACUUGACCUGUCUUUACGUGAGACUUGAGAUUAAAGACUUGAGACUUGCAAAACAGUGACUGGCUCCCACCUCUGCCUUUUACUGACUGGAGUCACUUAUAAGUCACUCACUGAAGAGAAUCGGGUAUGAGUCACUCAUCACAGAGCGCAUGCGCAGAAGCUUGCACAUGCGCAAGAAGUUCAGCAGAGGCUCGGUGAGCACCCGUGAGUCAUUGAAACACCGGUCUUUGUCCGGGUACCCGUGAGUCAGUGAAACUCAAAUUGUUGUUGAGUGACUGACUCGUUCAUGACUCGCACAUCUCUAGCAAGCAAGCAAAGCAUGCUGCUGCAAGUGCUGCUAGCGAAUUCAAUUCAUAUUCAACGAUGGCAUCAGCCUUUGCUCUGAUUGGCCAUUGGCACGCUUGUCAUCCAGCCUUAUUUAGCCAAUAUGAUUGAUUGAAACAUUGCAUGUAGAAUGAUCGGUGAAACACAAGUGUGUGUCUAAAAGGACAAUAUAUUUAACGUUACGUUUGACUGGUGGCCAAGCCACAGAGUGGUUGAAAUUAUGAUGAUGAUGACGGUGGUGGUGGGUCGCGAUACAUCCACUUUAAACCAAACUCCUGGCAGGAGGAUAAACCUGAUGCUCUUUGCAUAUGCACUACAGAGAAAAGGGACAACUUGGAUGAAGACAUGUAAAAGACAGCACAGUAAGAGACCAAAGCCACUUAGAAUAAUAGUAAUAAUAAUACACCAAAUAAAUAUAACAUUAUGUUGCUUGUCCAUUCAAAAUGGUCAUUGUUUCCCUCAAAGGGCUUUUUGUCCCCCAAACCAAAGCUGAUUGUUCCUAAUGCUUUGAAUGUUUUUCUUUAUUUUUUUUUCUUGUCAUGUGUGUCUGCUAUGAUGCAUAGUGCUGCCUCUUUAGCCCCUCCUACUAAACAGAGACCACAUCCUGCUUUGAUUCAUUACUAAAUAUGUCUUUUAACAGCCUGUCAAAAGUGUGCAUUUGCUGGAUGGAAGUGGAGUGAUUCCAAAAAACGAGUGCCAAUGUGAAGUAGACUUAAUGAAUAUCUUCAUGAUAACUGUAUCCUCUUACCACAGGAGUACUUUAUUGGUACAUCUGCUAUUACAUUCGUUUCACUGAAAAAACAACGUGCUAGCAGUAGCAUGGAAAGGCUGAAUACUGAUGACAAGUCAGAAGUAAGCUGGACAUUCAUUUUAUCAAACUCACAUUCUGUUAUGACUAGGGAUGGACAUUCAGUAAAUUAUGCUGAAAUUAGAACAAUUUCAAAAAUUGAUGUCACCUUCUUUGGACAGCUCAACAGCGCCUCUGCUGGUUGCAGCCAAGUGGUGAACUCCAAUUGCGUCAUCAGUGCAACACCGUCAGCCCAUAAACAAUACUUUCCUAGUAUAAGCUGGCUCCAUACAAAGACAGGAUGUAUUCUUGUUUUUGUGCUCCCAAAAAAUACUUUUAAUAUGUGACUCCUGAGUGUGUGUCGACAAACUGACUUCAGCAUUGUUUCCGUGCCACUAGCAUCUAAUGUUUUUUCAUGUGUUUUUGUGAGAUUUGCUUAUAGAAAUAAAUAACUGUCACAGCA